AUGUUCUUCUUCUCCUUCGGUGCGGUCUUCGCCGCUGUCGUCCCCCCUUUCGUCACCUCUGCCGCAUCCGAAAUCUUUGCCACACCUGGCCCCCGUUCCGAACCUCUCUGUGCGCCUCUCGGUGACAGCACUGCCCCGGAGCCAUCCUCCAACGCUCUCUCAGCUUUCACAGAUGACGAGAAGUACGACGAGUUGGCCUUGACGGCCCCGAUCCCUGCCGGCUACACUGCCACCAUGAAAAACGCAAACUGUGCCUUCUCGUCCAACAGGUACAUGCUGUACGUUCAACUGGACUCAUACGACCCGGAGGCUUGCGCCGAACUCUGCAACAACCAUGAAGGCUGCGACUCCUUCAACAUCUACAUCCAGCGUAGCCCGUCUCAGAUUCCUGGGCCAGCCUGCCCCAAUCCGGCUCCCAUUGCCGUCGCCCAAUGUGCCCUCUACUCCCUGCCGGAGGAGGCAUCUUCUUGCACAAACUUCGGUCAGCACAUUGGCCCCGUCGAUGCCAACGGUGAGGCCUUCAAAACUGCUAUGCGCAGCUCCAACGUGUACGCAGCAUACAACAAGAUCGCUGUCAAGGAAGUCACCGUGACUGUCACCACUACCCACCACAUGCACACGACCUUCACCAGGCUUGUCUCAAGAAGUGAUAUUUCACGGAGAGACAUCGCCACUACUAUUGACAAUGGUGAUCGAACAAUCAACAUGACUACUACCGUCACACACACUCGUUCUGCAAAGUCCAAGUCUGUGGCUGUUGAAACCCCGGCUGGUGUUGUCACUGUCACUCGGUCGGCAAAUCCUGCGUCUUACGUUGGUACGGUCACUGUUACCCGUUCGGCAAACCCGACUGCACAUGCUGGCACUACAACCGUUACUCGGACCAGGUCGCAGGGCGCAGGCGCAACGCCCUCCCAGUUCCAGUCUGUCAUCUACACAACCGUCACAUCCUACUACGACAAGCGCGCCGAGCCGUAUACUGCGCCUGCUGAGUACGUCACCGUCACUGAGGAAGGAGAACCUACAUACGUUGACACUACGACCACAACCGUCUUUAACACCUCUGGCGUAGUGACCGUGACUACCACUGUCCCCAACACCCUACCCGCAGAGACCACCACCAUCACCGUUGAUGACGCUGAGACACCUACCUACGCUGGCAAGCGCCCCCUGGGCCCUGCUGUCGCGGCUGAGCCAAUGCUCACUAUCACGAUUGACGAGAACUACGUGUACACCGGUCCUACGGAUGUGCCUAUGAAGACCUAUACUAUCUACCCAGACCACUAG